AUGUCGGAAGAUAAAGAUUUUACGUAUGAGGAGCUCUCCACGCUUUCAAACCCUAGCAAUCUCCACCUGGUCAUCAGUGGAAAGGUCUACGCAGUAUCAAAGUUCUUGGAGGAACAUCCAGGUGGUGAUGAAGUCCUAUUAAGUGAAGCUGGUAAAGACGCCACUGAAUCUUUCGAGGACGUUGGCCAUAGUGAAGAGGCUCGGACUUUGAUGGAGCAGUUUUGCGUCGGAACGUGCAAACAGGGGGCACCCAAAGGACCGCCGGCCACCAAAAAGUCAUCCCAACAAGCUCAUACGUCUACCUCCGAUCAACAGUCUGGAGGCUGGGGUUUUAUGGUGCCACUUGCGAUCCUAGCUGCUUAUCUUUCAUAUCGUUUUUACUUUGGCGCAUAA